GGCGUUUGGAGAGCUGCGGUGGAGCCAGGGGCUUGGAGGAGUGAGGCAUGUAUUUUCAGCUGCACCUUCAAAAGGGGAGAAUUCCGUCACCACCAGAGAGGCAACAGCCCCAAGAUAUGACUACAAUUGCCUAGAUCCGCAGAGGCCUGGGAGUCUCUGGUUUGAUAGCUUAGAAUAUGCUAAAAAGCCAAUGCCUUCCAUGGAGAAUUGAAGGGCCAGCUGGUCAACAGGACAGUGACCUGGAGCAAGGGAGUCAGAAGACAGUCGUAACAAGCAAGAGGGACCUUCCAAGGGGCUGACUUGGGUUGCCAAGGGCAGGCUUCUGCCACCCAAUUGUUGCAGCCCUCUGAUGGAAUGCUGGUGAGGUCCUCCACCCCGGGGAGCCGGCGGGGCUGUGCCAGGGGCUGCCUGGUGAGUGAGAACUCCUGCAGGUGGGACUGACCCCUCAUCCCUGCUUAGGAACUGGAGAGUGUCAGAGCCCCCUAUGUGCUCUCCCUCCGCAAGAUGAGGACUCUAAACACCUCUACUAUGGAUGGGGCUGGGCUGGUGGUAGAGAGAGACUUCUCCUUCCGCAUCCUUACAGCCUGCUUCCUGUCUCUGCUCAUCCUGUCCACACUCCUGGGGAACACACUGGUCUGUGCCGCUGUCAUCAGGUUCCGACACCUGCGGUCCAAGGUGACCAACUUCUUUGUCAUCUCCUUGGCCGUAUCGGAUCUCUUGGUGGCUGUCUUGGUCAUGCCCUGGAAAGCGGUGGCGGAGAUUGCUGGCUUCUGGCCCUUUGGGUCCUUCUGUAACAUCUGGGUGGCCUUUGACAUCAUGUGCUCGACCGCGUCCAUCCUCAACCUCUGUGUGAUCAGCGUGGACAGGUAUUGGGCCAUCUCCAGCCCCUUCCGGUAUGAGAGGAAGAUGACCCCCAAGGCAGCCUUCAUCCUGAUCAGCGUGGCAUGGACCUUGUCUGUACUCAUCUCUUUCAUCCCAGUACAGCUCAGCUGGCACAAGGCGAAACCCACAAGCUCCUCCGACGGCAAUGCCACUUCCCUGGGUGAGACCCUGGACAACUGUGAUUCCAGCUUAAGCAGGACAUACGCCAUUUCAUCCUCCCUGAUAAGCUUUUAUAUCCCCGUGGCCAUCAUGAUUGUCACCUACACCAGGAUCUAUAGGAUCGCCCAGAAACAAAUACGGCGCAUCUCGGCCUUGGAGAGGGCAGCAGUCCAUGCCAAGAAUUGCCAGACCACUACAGGUAAUGGAAACCCGGUGGAGUGUUCUCAACCAGAAAGCUCCUUUAAGAUGUCCUUCAAAAGAGAAACUAAAGUUCUGAAGACUCUGUCCGUGAUCAUGGGGGUCUUUGUGUGCUGCUGGCUUCCUUUCUUCAUCUUGAACUGCAUGGUGCCCUUCUGUGGGUCUGGGGAGACCAAGCCCUUCUGCAUUGAUUCCAUCACCUUUGAUGUGUUUGUGUGGUUUGGGUGGGCUAAUUCCUCCUUGAACCCCAUCAUUUAUGCCUUUAAUGCUGAUUUUCGGAAGGCAUUUUCAACUCUCUUAGGAUGCUACAGACUUUGCCCUACCACGAAUAAUGCCAUAGAGACGGUUAGCAUCAAUAACAAUGGGGCUGUGGUAUUUUCCAGCCAUCACGAGCCUCGAGGCUCCAUUUCCAAGGACUGCAAUCUGGUUUAUCUGAUCCCACAUGCAGUGGGCUCCUCCGAGGACCUGAAGAAGGAGGAGGCAGGUGGAAUGGCCAAACCCUUGGAGAAGCUGUCCCCGGCCCUAUCUGUCAUAUUGGACUAUGACACCGAUGUCUCUCUAGAGAAGAUCCAGCCCAUCACACAAAACGGACAGCAUCCAACCUGAACCCUGAGAUGAAUCCGGCCAGACAGGCUCAUCCCAAAAACUGGAGGAGAUUUUUCAGUGGCUUGCUGUUAGGAAACCAAGGUGUGGUGAGACUCAGAUGUCAGGCAAGCCCUCCUCUGCUGCUGUUCCUUAAACACACAACUAACUAUAUUUUAAAAUACAUUCCAGUGUGUUUUCUGUGUUGUUCAUGGUGAAUCAAAGAGGGACAUAUGUGAAGUGAACGUUCACAGGGACAUGUCUUUGGCUCCAAAAUUAUUUUUAGAAACUGAUUCUUAUCUUAGGACUUAAAAAAUAGGGCACAGAAUCAACAAUGAACAGCAUCGCUUAAAAAAUAAAUCCUUUCCAGGAAGGAAAUGAGAAGGGUCGAGUUUGCUGUGUACAAACAGGUGCUAACACUGGCCCAAGCAGAGUUUUCAGAUUGUAAAGGUAGGUGCAUGCCUUCAUAAAUUAUUUCUAAAAAAUAAUUGAGCCUUACAGUAGGAGUGGGAUUUUUUUUUCCAGACUUGAGAGAUGUUUUGUUGAUAAUGGUUUUAUUUAUUUAUUGUAUUAUAUGGAUAUUUUAAAUUUAUUAAAUAAAUCUAUAUUUAUCAGAUGUUAUAGGAUAAACUAAUGAAGUAUCUGAGACCUUACAAUCACAUUUCGUCCAUCUAACUAGCACUUUAUUGGCCAAUGAAACAGACAAACUCUGAGAUUCUGAAUGCUCAUGGGUAACUUCCAGA